CCCCCCACACCGCGUCAAGUCCAUCUCCAUGACGACGUUCAGCGAGGCCGAGGUGCUGUUCCUGCAGGCGCGGGGCAAUGAGGCCUGCAGGCGGGUCUGGCUCGGCACCUUCGACCCCCGGGCGUCGCUGCCGCCCGACUCCCGUGACCCCCAGAAGCUGAAGGAGUUCCUGCAGGAGAAAUACGAGAGGAAGCGGUGGUACGUGGCGCCGGAACCGCCGAAACCGCCCCGGAGCGCCGCGGCAGAGCCCCCCCGGCCCCUCCGCGGGGACGCAGCCCCGCUGCCCCAGCGCCCCCCCCAGCCGGCCCCAAAGGCCGGCACCGACCUCCUGGCCGACAUCGGGGGGGACCCCUUCGCCUGCCCGGCCCCCGCGCCCGAAUUCGCCGCCUUCCCCGGCCCGGCUCCACCCCGCUCUGCCUUCCCCAGUUCCGACGCCUUCGGCACCACCAGCACUGGAGCAGCGACCUUUGGGGGGGCUGUGCCCCCCUUCCACGUCCCACCCACCCCCACAGGCUGCACCAACCCCUUCACGACCCCCAGACCCUCCAGGAACCCCUUCCAGAGCAGCGGCCCUGGAGCUGCUUUCACCUCUCCUCCCGUUCCUGGGGGCUUCCCCAGCCCCUUCCAGGCUGACGGGUCGCCUUUCGGUGGGUUCAACGUUGCCAAAGCUUCCACCAACCCCUUCGUGACCCUCCCGACCCCGGCAGUGCCGCUCGGCCUCAGGCACCGGACCACCAACCCCUUCCUAUGACCGCCGCUGCUCCGCCUCUCCCGCCGGGACCAGGUUUUAUUGUCGUUUCCGGAGAUUUAUGGCGAUAUUUAAUGUAUAAAUUCGAUAGAAACGGCGUACCCUCACUAAAGAUGGCGGCCGCGGUGACGCCGCUCCUCACGGCUUUGCCCUCGGCAAA